UGUAAUCAUUUUAAAAGAACUCAAAAAUAUCAAACAUGGCCGAUAAAGGAGGCUAUAAUCCGUACGAAAAUCGACAUGUGGCCAAACCGAUAUCCGACUUCGGGGCCUUUAUUUUGCUACUCAAGAGCGUGGUGGGAACCGGAGUUUUGUCCCUGCCCUUGGCUUUUUACUUCGCUGGUAUCAUCAAUGGCGUUAUCCUGCUCAUUCUGGUCUGCAUAAUGCUAAUUCAUGGCAUUCAGUUGCUGAUUAUUUGCAUGGUGGAGUGCUCUCGACGGAUGCAGAUUGGCUAUGCCACCUUUCCACAGGCGAUGGAAUACUCCUUUGGCCAGGGACCCAAGUGUUUUAGGUAUUGUUCAAAGGCAGGCGGGUAUUUCUGCGAUGGCGUAUUGGGAUUUUCGCAAUUCGGCGUUUGUGUCGUGUACACUGUCUUCGUUUCGGCCAACUUCAAGCAGCUCAUUGACUUCUACUUCGGAGUGGCUGACAUCAGGAUCUAUGUAGCCUGCAUCGGACUCCUCCUGAUCGGGCCCUUUCUGAUCCGCAAACUGAAGUACCUGAUACCCUUCAAUAUAGUGGCCACCAUUCUCAUUUACUCCGGCUUCUUCAUGAUGAUGUACUAUGUGUUCUUGGAUAUGCCCUCGAUAUCGGAACGCAAUAUCUUUUUUGGCCCCAUUGAGCUGCUGCCUUUAUUUUUUGGCAUUGCCAUUUUCUCCAUCACUUCGGUGGGCGUGAUGCUGGCCAUCGAGUCCGAGAUGAGCAACCCACAACAUUACAUCGGUUGGUUUGGGGUUCUCGAUUGGGCCAUUUUGAUAGUUAUGAUAUCGUAUAUCUUUUUUGGAAUCGUGGGCUACUGGCGCUAUGGCGACAAAAUAGAAGACAGUAUCUCACUCAAUAUUCCCACAGACCAAGUACUUGCUCAGGUUUCCAAGGGUUUUAUAGCCAUGGCCAUUUUCCUGUCGUAUCCCCUGGCCGGCUAUGUGGUAAUCGACAUUAUCAUGAAUCAUUAUUGGAACAAGAGUGGCGAACUGAAGCACGCGUUCUUAAAGGAGGAACUCCUCCGGGUAGGGAUGGUGUUGCUUACCACCAUAACUGGCAUCCUUGUCCCGAAUCUGGGUCCCCUGCUAUCGCUGGUCGGAGCUCUUACCAUAUCACUUUUGAACCUGGUGUUUCCCGCCCUGAUCGAGAUCUGCCUGUAUUAUCCGCCGGAGUACAACUAUGGCAGACUUAAAUGGAAGCUCGUAAAGGACAUCAUGUAUGUAAUCAUUGGCCUCGUUAUUUUGGUGCAAGGCACCGUCUUUGCCAUACUGAGUAUGAUCAAGGAGUGGGGCGGUGGAAGACAAGGGGACACCACUGGCGCCACGGAUGGAACCACAACGAUGGACACAACAACGGUGGGCAAUAUCACCACCGUGCUCACCACAGCCAUUGCAGAACCUACUCAGGAACCCGCUUUCAGAUUUCUGUAAGCCGGAAAUGUACCCCCCAUUAAAUACUGAGCAAGAAACCCCUUUGUAUUCGGCCGUUAUCUCACACUCCUUUUCUAAAAACUGCUGAAGUCGUUACAAAAUUCUGUUGGCAAUUAGUGUACU